AUAAAAGCCUAUACUCUUUGUCCCUCCACAGCCACUACUCACUCUCAUCCGCAAAUAACCUUUGUUCCAGUCCGAGACUCACUGAUCGCAUUACAGACCACAAUGACUGAUCUGGAGAGUUCACUGGCCACCAUCAUGGAGGUGUUCCAUAAGUAUGCAGAGAAAGAAGGGGACAAGCACAAACUGAAGAAAUGUGAACUGAAAGACUUGAUCAAUGAGGAGCUGCCAGCCCUUACAGGGCAAGUGAAGGACCAGGCCACUAUGGACAGUUUGAUGGAGAGCCUGGACACGGAUGGAGACUCGGAAUUGGACUUCCAAGAGUUCAUGACAUUUAUCACCAUGGUAACUGUCUGUUGCCAUGAUUUCUGCGAGCACCAUGAGGACGAGUAGCUAGGCACCAGUUAAACAAGAGAGAGAGAGAGAGAAAGCGAGUAAAUUAUGAAGUAGGAACUUUAGUUUGAUAAAAAAACUUAAAUGUCAAUGAAAACGUUGUAUUUUUCCUGUUGGUCCCAUUUAGUUUCAAUAGGUUUCUUACACCCUGUUUGCCUACAAAGGGUUAACGCACUUUGUUUCAUUGCCUGUGUCUUGUCAGAGCUGACAAAACCAAAUUAGUUUAGUACUGAAACAUCAUAGAAUAGCUUUUGCCAACAAAGCAUAGAGCACUUUCCUUGUUAUACUGUAAAGCUAAGCCCCAAGGUAAUAGACUCAUGCAUUUCUGCGGCUCUAAAUUGGUUAAAGUGUUAUCACUAACAAUGCAUGUAUAAUCAGCUACAUUGGACAUGGUUUGGCAAGUAAAACAAGUAUUCUCCAGUUUGAUUUUGAACCCAAAAAAUGUUGACGAAUUCCAGCCAAUAUCUUGAACUGAAUUCUGUUUUUAUGAAAGUUGUUUUCAAAUUGAACUGUGCUUUGUGAGAUGCUAUUAAAAGUAUAACAUAGAGAAUCAAUAAAGAUGAUCCAAUGAAUACAAGGACAUACUUUUCA